AGGAAAGGCUUUCCCUAAUUCAGACUAUUCGUGUAGAUUACCGAUCAAAUUUCCUUUAGUCUACCACUACACCUCAGCAGCACCUACAUUAAAAAAGUUGCGGGAACAUGAAAAUCUACACGUCUCCCAUAGAAACAUUGCGAAGAAGUUGACGAUGGAGGAGAGUCUGAAAACUAUGCUACAUUGCGAUGACAAAGAGAAGCUUAAGGAAAGGCUGGCUAUAUUACAAAGGGAGUACAACAGAACAGUUCAAAGAUUGAAGCGGGCUGAGCGAUCUGAGGCUGUGCGGAACCAUGUGAGAAGCAGACUGGCUGAGCAAAACCUGCGUCAGGAGGGACACGACCUUGGCGGCCCCUCUGAUCCCUGUGAAGCUAAGGGGAGAAGACAGUGUUCUGUUAACCAGAGUGUCCCUGAAGACCAGAACCGGAGUCCAUCUGUCCGCUUCAGUUUUCCCCAUGACGUCUUUGGGCCCUGUGCCAGCCCUGGAGUGACGGCGGGCUCGUCCGCGUCCUCUCGGCUCUCUGACACCCCGCAGGCCCGCAGCCCCGGUCGGCAUGGCGAGAGCCCGGCGCCGGCUCAGGGUGAGCGGCGGCGCUCUGUGCACCGCCUGCGCUCGCGACGGAGCCGGCUGCGCUGGGAGAGGAGGGAGAGGGCCGACUCCGGGGUCUCGGACACGGAGAACAGCGAGGACGGGCGGGACCCCGCUGGAGACGGGGAACGGGUGAGGAGCGGCUCCACCCAGAUCCAUUUUGGUACCGGUUCAUCUGAGGCCGUCUGCAGUGGCGUUGCAGUGGGCGGGGCCGAUACUGAGCAUGCACAACACCAGGGGUCUCAAACUGUGCCAGCCUCAGCGCACAGGGCAGAGUAUGGGGACGGCAGGGUGGCAUGUGACGCACCCCUAUCAGACAUUAGGACAGCUCCGGUCCUGGAGCCUCCAGAGAGCAGCGGCACGGCUGCCACGCCCUCCCCCUCCCUCUUGGACACAGCGGGGACUCCUCCCAGACCGGUGAGCGAGGCCUCCGUGCUGGAGCCAGAGGCUCCCGCAGAAGAGAGCCCGCAGUCCAGUGUGGCCCGCCUCACUCUGGGUCCCGAUACUCCUGAGGCGGGGGGCCUGGGCUCCUGCACCCUAAUUGAGGGGCUGCUGUUCCCGGUGGAGUACUACGUCAGGACCACUCGGAGGAUGGCGGCCGCUCAGAGCAGCGUGGACCUGGGGGCGGUGAUUCAGAGUCAGCUGAGCGGCGGGAGGGCGGGGAGAGGGAGGGGGAGGCGGGGUCGGGCGAGCUCCGCUGCGUCCCGUAGCCCCGCCCCCGGCUCUCGCACGGCUGCCUGUAUAGACACGGGCAGCGUGGGCCACGUGACUCCAGAGUCUGAGAGCAGCUUGACUCCAUGGUCUUCCCCUGCGGCCUCGGGUACCGAGCCCCCCAGACCGGUCAGAGGCGGGAGGCGGAGAGGGAGGAGGAGUGGGCGUGGCCAGGGACGGAGGAGGGACCACGCCCCUCCAGUGGCGUCUCCCCUUGGUAUUGAUCCCCCCACCCCAGAGUACCUCAGAACUGACGCUGUGCUAACUCCUGACACGGACGCCCGUUGCAGACCGGCUGAAAAGGAGAUGUAUCCCAUUUUCUGCACUAAGAGUCAGCAGAUGGAGAGCAGCAGUCCAAAAAUAUCUCCAUUUCCUUUCAAUAAAGAAAGUUCACAGAGCAGUGGAAAAGAACGUCUCAGAGCUUCACGCUGCUCCUCCACAGGGGGAGUGAAGUGUGAGACCCUUCUCCUGCGCUCCAGUCCUGCACCACAGCGCCCCCAUGUGUUCACCUCGGGAGGAAGCCAUCCCAGCCUGCGCUUUCUCCUCUCGCACUUCGAUGCCGAAGACUUCCACCUUCCCGACGACCAGUUCGGCACACUGAAGCGGCUCAAGCUCCUGUCUGCCGCCGGGGACCUGGAGUCCUUUGUCCCUCACCGCUCUCCGUACGCCACCCGCCAGAGGGCACUAGGAACGCCGUACGGCGGGGCCUACAGGAGGAGACCCCGUGCUGCCAGGGGCCUCCCCCCCACAGACGGCCCACUGAGCGCGCAGCCUGAUGAGAAGCCUGCUGGGCGUGCCUCUCACACCUCAGACCAGACUGAUCUGGGAUCAGACAGGGAUGCACCCGAGUCACUCACUCCCAGCCUCACACCUCGUGAGGUCACGCGUAAGGAGGGCUGUGAUUCGCUGCCUCUGGGGAGAGCAGAUGGAGCAGAGCGAAUAGCUGGCAGGUGCGCAGCACAGGAAGAAGGCUUGGGGGCGGGGCAGGAGGAGGGCUCAGCAGUCAGAGGCGCAGAUGUGGCUGCAGGGCCGUCGUCUCCCUGUGUUCCAAAUCUGAGCCUGACCCCGACUGUCCCCCAGACUCAGAAAAGCACCGCUCUCGCUCUCCCCUCAUGGGGGAGCCCCACGUUCCCCUCUCUCGGGGUCACCCCUGCCGUUCCUCUCCAGUCCAGCCCCCCCACACAGGACUGCACGCCCCCCACCCCCACGAAGGCACAGAGCCCCCACAGCCAGCCCGCCCCACAGUGCACAGCACUCCCCACUCCUUCCCAGGGCCUCGUUAUCUCCUGUGAGCUCAGCGCACACACACCCUCUCUCUCCCGUACGCCCAGUGCAGGUGGACACACUCAGUCCCACAAUGCCCCCUGCGCUGCCCAGGACGAGGCAGAGCAGCGCGAAGCUGAGGCACUCGCUGAUGGAGAUCGGAGUGCAGCUCGCGCACCGUCUCCUGAUGCCUCAGGGUUUUUGGUGACCGACUCGCUCUCCUCGCUCUCUCGCUGUGGAAGCGCCUUUCCUCUGAGCAGUAACCCUGCCCUCUCUCCCGCUGUGGAGCACGGGUGUAAUAGCUCCUCCCCCGGCGCUCCCUCCCCCAAACCACCCGAAUCACCCUGCGUUCCCCCUCUGCCUCCCCCUCCGGAAGGUGAGGGGGCAGUAAUUGACGGAGCUGACGUAUCCUCCAGCGCAGAGGCCACGCCCUCCACCUGCCUGACGGACAGGAGCGGUGAGGCUGUGCAGCAGUCUCAGAUUGCUGCUCUCGGCCUGUCUCUCCCGGGGGCGGGCAGACGGGGCUGCGCAGACGCAGGUGCAGAUGCAGACGCAGACAUGGGGAGUAUGCCCAUGGCCGAUAUGGGGGAGAAGGACUUUACUCAAGGUGCAGACCCACACAAACCAGCGGAGGACUCUCUCAAUGCAGCUCAGCUCUCAGGCUGUCCAGCCCCACCAGGCCCCGACACCCUGCCGUCCUCCUCUCUGAGGUCAGAGCAGGGGGACAAAGACCUGGACUGCUACUUCACAGACUCUGCCUGGUCCCGUGGGGUACAGACGCCGCCUCAGUCUGGACACAGCGCCUGGGGUCAGAGCCCUGCAGAGAAGAGGCUUGACACACCCCCUCAGUCGCCCCUCACUGUGCAGGAUGGCCCUCUCUCCAGCAGCCUGAGGCUCACACACACUCUGAAGGCCCCUGCAGAUCGCUGCCUGGUGGACGUGUGCAGUGUGUACGGAGCUGCGGGCUGGUGUGUGGUAACGGCAGAGGAGUGGAAAGUGUGUGUGUGGAGACCGAGCUCCUCCCAGCAGUGGGGUCUGCUGCACACCUGGACAUUCACAGAGCACCCAGUGAUCUCCCUGUUGUCAGUGCCCGACUCCCACAGCCUGCUCUGCGUCUCCCUGGGCAAGCUGGAGAUCAGAGAAGCCAGGAUCUUGUGCUGUGCGGGUGCCGCGGGGCAGCUCUCCCAGUCUGUGCUGUGCACAGGGGAGGUGCAGGCUGUGCUGGGCGUGUCUGGGGCCAGGGUGGCCUGCUGCGCCACGUCUGCGUCCGCACAGACGGUCCAGGUGUUCACACUGACCGAGGACGGCAGGCUGGAGGACUCGCUCUCCCUGGUCUCUCCUGGGCAGUCUGUCCAGGCGCUGGCUGCUGUGGAUGGACAGAAGGAUGCUCUGAUUGGCUCCACAGACUCUAGCCACCUUGUCCUCUGGAAUAUGAGGACUGGGCAUCUUCUGCAGAGAUUCGCUCUGGGGGAGAGUCUUUCAGGGACCGUGUGUCUGAGAGGAUACUCACAGAGCGGGGUGCUAUUUCUGCUGCUGCAGCAUCAGUUUCUCCAUCACAUUAACCUGGAUGAAGGGGCACCCUUCUCUCUGAUCGCCACCAACCCUGUCACUGCCAAAUCUGUGCUCGUGCACCAGCUGACUCAGCCUUCGCAGUGCGUAGGGAGGUUCACAGAGGGGGACGUGUGGGAAUCGGCAGUGCUGGGGGUCUUCCAGUCGGGAUCCCUGGCCGUGUGGGACCUCAGGGACAGUGACUGUGUGGCCAGGCUGGCCCGGGGGCCUGAGGAAGGGUGCCACAUAGCCCGCUGGGGCGGCCCCAGCACGCUCCUCACCGGACACCUCAGUGGAGACGUCUUCCUUUACCAGUACACGCCGCUUGGGCUGUCGUAGGGCUCCAGGACCACAAGAACCAUCUCAGAAAACACAGCUGGCUCAGUCACACGCAACCAAUGCGUCAAAUCCUUCCCAGUGCCAAUAACACAUAUACAAUACAAGCGUGAACUCAGAGUCAUAUAAAACACUGUAAAAAUGCCUGUAUGUAUGUUCUUAUCUGUUUUUGCUGUGUCAUGAUCAAGAGAGCCAGCACAAAUGCAGGCAUGCAUAUUGGAAAAUGCUUGUGCUAGAUGAUGGAUUAUGGUACCCUCCCUAUUUUAAGAAUGCAAGAAGAAAGUUAAAUUCUGAGUGAUUUUAAUAUAGUUUUGUAAAGAACAUUUUAACAAAAUGAAGAAAGUCAAAAUGUCUGCUGGAGGUAAUGAUUGAAUUGAGCUGAACUCAGAAAGCUAAUUAAUAUGUUUUGGCUUUCCUCCUCUUCAGUUAUUUGGAAGAGAAUGUCGUUCCCUGUUCAUCUUAACAAGCAAUCCAACCAAUGCAUAUCUGCUCAUUGUACAAAGUGUGGCAUUUCAUGUGAUUUACAGGUAUAAAUUCUGAUGAUUUCACAUUUCAGUCAGAGGUGUUUAUUUUUUACUUAAACAUUGUUUGAUUGUUCUGUUGUUAACAUUUCAUUUUAAUUGGUAAAAAUAAGUACAGUUGAAAAGAAAAUGGUUUGUAUUGAUGAAAUAUUAAAAAAUUGUGUCACAAUUUA